GCUGCUCAAUUUGACCUCAUGUGGCUGCUCUGGAAAUAGGAGAAUCCAUCAAAAAGUUCCAAGUCACAUCCAGACAAUGAACAGGUGAACCAAGGCCCAUCUCAAGAGCGUCCAAGGGAGACCUUCCCAUUUGGUGCUGGCCCGAUAUCGAUCUCUGAUCUGAAGCUGCGCUGCACAUUUUGCCACCAGUCAUCCGCAGGUGUUGAUCUUUUAUCCCCAGCCACUUCCCUUUUGCGCAGACAAAGUGAAUGCACAAGCUGCCAGGUGCAAUUGAUCACCACUUCUGUACCUGCUUUGACUCACGUCGCGACGACAACUUCAACCGCACCGGCCAGACUCCCUUUCGCCUCACACACCAGGCAUCUGGUGAGGAAGCCUCAAUCUGCCUGCGUCUGACGCGGAUAUCGACCUGUGUUUCCCCGCCCCGUUCUAUCGGAGCUUGAGCUCCACGGCCACGGCCAGCAAUUUCAGGAGCAGACUCUGCUCGUGAAGAACUCAAGGUGAGCGCAUUUACUGUUCAUCUCAAAGGACGGGAUCGUGUUUGGGAAGAGAACAAAGAGGAGGACGAUCUGGCGUGGGUUGCCUGGCUCGCUCAGGACGUUGGCGAUUAUCGCCGGCCGAGUUCGUCUUGCACAGAGCAGCUCCCCAAAGGUCUUGGCGACGGUGGGGCUUGUGAUUGGCUGCCAGGCAGUUGCAGUGGCUUUUCUCGCUGCGUUGCUUUGGGCCAUUUCAAUUCCCUCUCCAUCAUCGUCGCAGUCGCAGACCUCACUUCUCAUCCCAUCGCGACCACCCGCAUACCACCAUCCCAUCCUUUGUCGCAUCGAUAUCAUCCUCAUCUUCGUUCAUCCAUCAAGAGUCGCCUGGUCUGUGGUUCUCCCCUUGUUUGCUGUUGUCGGCUGGCCGAUCUCGUUCAAUCCGGGUUUUGGCAAGAGCUACUGCUGUCGCGUCCCACGCACUCCCGGCGCACCACAAUCUGCGCCCUGAUUCCUGAAGGCAGACCGAUCUUGCAUUGACCAGAAUCUCUCCAAGUACAUCAUUACUGAUACCUUUUGCUGGACAGGCUCAACAACUUUCUCUCCUGCGCGCUCCACCAACGCGUCACUUCCCUCGACCCUCCAUCUUCACCCACCUCGUUCCAGCAUGGCCUCUGAAGAAUCGGCUCCUACGACAGAGGUCCCUGUCAAAGUGCCACAACCGGCCGACGGAGCUCCUCCCUCGCUAGCCGAGCCCGCCUCCGGGACUGUCGCGGAGAUGUCGGGAGCUCUUCCCGCUGAGAAAUCUACUGAGACUGAACCGGUCCAAAACACAGGUACCGCAACCGCAAAUGGCCCUGUCGAGACCGUAUCAGAACCACCGAAGGAGCCGCAAGAGCCCGUGACCGAGCCCGAAGCUGUGGCCCCCACCGCCGAGGACACCGAGACGAAAGAGACGGAUGACGCAGAGACUGCUCAGCCAGAGACCAACGGUGCAGCUCCUGCCGACAAGAAGUCGUCGUCAAGGAGAAAGUCAUCGACCGCCCCUGACCACAAGAGCAAGAAACUCAACAAGAAGAAGUCCAUGUCCAAAAUCACUCAUCUCGAUGCUCAACCGGGCGAUUACUAUCUUGCCAGGCUCAAAGGGUAUCCACCGUGGCCAUCAAUCAUCGCAGACGAAGAUAUGCUUCCCGAUAUCAUGAUCAACACCAGGCCCGUCACCACCAAGAAGGACGAUGGAACCUACAACGAAGCCUAUGCGGAUGGCGGUAAGAAAAUGAAUGAACGAACGUUCCCUAUCAUGUUUCUGGGCACAAAUGAAUUCGUGUGGAUCCACAACACCGACCUGGCUCCAUUGACGCCCGAAGAUUGCAAGGACGUCACAGAAAAGGGUAAAGCCAAAGCUCUCCUCGCGGCAUACAAGGUCGCCGCCGAAGGUCACGACUUGCAAUUCUUCAAGACCAUGCUUGAUGAGCAUGCAGCAGCUUUGCAGGCUGACAUCGACGCGAAAGAGGCCCGAGAAGCCGAAAAGGUCGCCAAAGCUGAGAAGAAGAAGAAGCGCAAGAGCGAGGCCAAAGCUGAAGCCGACGACGUGGAGAUGGAAGACGCUGACGCCGAUGUUGAGCCCAAGAAAUCUUCCAAAAAGCGCAAGAAGGAGGUGGAUGAGGAUGAAGACGAAGAUGAGAAACCUGCAAAGACGCCCAAGACCACCAAAAUCAAGUUGACCACCAACAAGACUCCCAAGACUGAAGAGAAGAAGCCCAAAGAGAAGGCGACCAAGGCUAGGUCCGAGAAGAGGAAGUCGCGAGCCGCUCAAGAGGACGAGGAAAUGGCAGAUGCAGUCGAACCAGAGCCAGAAGAAAAGCCGUUGGACCCGGUCGAGGCACGCAAAGCUCGCGAGAAAGAAGUCCUCUUCCUCCGCCACAAGCUACAGAAGGGGUUCUUGUCCAGAGACCAAGCUCCUCAGGAAGAUGAGAUGCCGAUGAUGGCCACGUACAUCAAAAAGCUCGAAGGCUAUGCGGAUCUAGAAGUCAGCAUCAUUCGAACCACCAAGAUCAACAAGGUCCUGAAAGCCUUGAUCAAGCUCAACACCAUCCCCAGAGAUGAAGAGUUCCAGUUCCGAAAGCGCUCCAUGGACCUUCUGAGCCAGUGGAACAAGAUCCUAGGUGCGGAGCCGGCGGACGGCGAUGCUGCUGGUGACAAGGACACUGCCACGAACGGAGUCCAUGAUGAAAAAUCCGAGGAAGCUCCAGAAGAAGACAAGAAGGAAGAGUCUUCUGUUCCUCCCGAAAAACCUGCUGAGGCUGCCGAGGAAAAGCCAACUGGUGAGCCUGAGGUAGAGAAGCCUGCAGCGGACGCAGAACCUGGAAAGGCAGUAGCCGAAGAGCCCAAGCCCGCCGAAGCCGAAGAGCCAGCAAAGACUGAAGCGGCGGUGCCUGAAACCGUGGAGAAGGCCCCAGAGUCAGCAGCGGCCGCCACGGAGGCCGCGGACGUUGUCAAGGCAGCCGAAUGAACGUGCACAAAAGACCUGCAAUGCGACGGUCUCGGAGGGUGAGGGAUCAUUGAUGUGUGAUAUGCAAUGUUUUUAGGCGUCCCUGGGAGUUUGGUUGGGAUCGUCUGUCAUCACUCCUGAUGAAUCCUCACGGUCAGAUACUGAGAACGCCCGUGAGUGUUGGUGCGAGGAGGCUAGAGAUGUCCUCGACAUUAGUACGACACUGACACUGGGUGAGCAGGGUUGGCAAUGAUCGAAAUGGAGUCUUUCACGCACAUUGUCACGCUUCACGUCUCCGGAGGUUCUUUUGGGGGGAAACAAAUAAGAGCUCAACAGCACGAUAAUCGCUCUUCGCGUUAUUGAACUUCUUUACUCUUCUUGUAUCCAGUCCGAUUAUUUAGGAAAGAAAGGCAGCGCGCUGGGCAGUCUCGCCGAUGUAGCUAGGGCACGAAAAGAAAAUGCGAUACAUUAGCACUAAA